ACUAUUUUUAUAUUAGAGUUUGGAGACUGCCAUGUACUAGCUUAGUCAUGGUCAAAACUCAAAAUCAACGCUUUACAAGUUUUAACUAUAAUAAGUGCUUAUGAUUUCCAUUUUGAUUCACUUUUGUGCAUUUAUUGAUCUUAUAUUCCUCUGAAUCUGUUCAUGAUUGUUGCAACAGCAAAAGGGUGUUCUUAUUUUAUGCAGGUUAUGCUGUUAGUGUUCAUAUGCUGCUCAUUAAUGGCGGCAAUAACAGGUAGCCAUGCUCAAGAACAGGCUUCAAGAAGCAGUAAAAAUGGUGUUUUGGCAAAUCAAUUAGAUGUUCAAACUAGGGUUUUAAAGAAUGUUGUUGAUAAUGUAACGGAUAGACUUGCUUCUCAGAUGCAAUCUCGUGCUAGCUUUUGCAUUGUUGAUCAGAAGACUGACUGGAAUAGAUCUUUUAAUUAUUCUAAUUGGGAUUUCCUUACUUCAUGCACGAAAAAAACUAAAGAUGUUGGAUCGCGAUUGUGUACAGAAGCCGAGAUAAGAGUAUACUUAAGCAGCUUCUUUGGAGGAAAUGGUGGCCUUCAAACUGAAACUAACAGAAACUGUAAUUUAACUUCAUGGGUUUCUGGAUGUGAGCCUGGAUGGGCGUGCAGCAUUGGUUCCAUGAAAGGAUUUAGCUUUCAGAAUAGUACUAAGGCCAUACCUCCAAGAACAUCUGACUGUAAACCUUGCUGUGCUGGUUUCUUUUGUCCUCAAGGUCUUACCUGCAUGAUUCCUUGUCCUCUGGGCUCGUACUGUGCACAGGCGACAUAUAAUACAACAACAGGAUUAUGUGAACCAUACAAUUAUCAACUUCCCCCUGGACGGAAUCAUACAUGUGGUGGAGCGAACAUAUGGGCUGAUGUUGGUAGAAGUUCACAGGUUUUCUGCCCUGCUGGAUCAUACUGUCCAACAACCACAGAAAAAAGACCUUGCAAUAGCAGGCAUUACUGCAUGCAAGGUUCUACAGUACAAACUCGUUGCUCCAAAUUAAUAACAUGCAAGGAAAAUGCGGAGGAACAAAACAUUCAUACAUAUGGAAUCAUGCUCAUUAUUGCCUUAGUUGUUCUUCUUAUCAUCAUUUACAACUUCUCCGAUCAAAUCCUUUCCCUUCGAGAGAGAAGGCGUGCUAGAUACCGAGAACGAGCUGUUAGAAGUGUGCAGCAGCAGGAACGUGCAUUAGCACGAUGGAAACUUGCAAAAGACGCUGCCAAGAAGCACGUUACUAACUUACGUGCAAAUCUCUCUAGAAGAUUUUCAGAUAAUAAUCACGAAACUAAUAAUUUCAAAAUUUUACACGAUUCUGACAUCCAAGAAGAUUUUUCUUCAUUAACAAUCAAUAAUGCAGGCAAUUCAAGUGAUCCACAAUCGUCAUCCAUAGGCUCCAAAACAUCACAUACUCAUGGUAGUUCAAGUUUAGAGAUCGAAGAUAAAAACUCGAAGAAAAAAGUUUUGAAGGAAAAAGAAAUUAGUUCGGAUAGUAAGAUUUUCAAGUAUGCAUAUGCACAAAUCGGGAAAGAAAGAUCUCAAGAGAAACAGUUCGAGAAUUUGACCUUUUCGGGAGUGGUCUCAAUGGCUACUAGGGAAGAAAUCAAGAAAAGGCCUUUAAUAGAAGUUGUUUUUAAAGAUCUUAACUUGAUACUGAAAGGCAAGAAAAGAUAUCUCUUAAAAUGUCUAACCGGGAAAAUUAUGCCAGGGCGUAUCACUGCUGUCAUGGGUCCAUCAGGUGCAGGGAAAACGACAUUAAUGUCUGCAUUAGCAGGAAAAGAAACAGGUUGCACAAAGAGCGGAUUAGUUCUUAUAAAUGGGAAGCCGGAGUCUAUACAUUCGUACAAGAAGAUUGUAGGUUUUGUGCCACAAGAUGAUAUAGUACAUGGGAAUUUGACGGUAGAGGAGAAUCUUUGGUUUAGUGCAUGGUGCAGACUGUCUACUAAAUUAUCGAGAGCAGACAAAGUUCUGAUUGUUGAAAGAGUGUUAAUGUACUUGGGGCUACAAGAGGUUCGGGAUUCCUUGGUUGGUACUGUGGAGCAACGAGGAAUCUCCGGGGGUCAGAGAAAGCGAGUUAAUGUUGGCCUAGAGAUGGUCAUUGAACCUUCACUUUUGUUUUUGGAUGAACCCACCUCCGGUUUGGAUAGUUCGUCUUCUCGAUUACUUCUAAAAGCACUUAAGCAUGAAGCCUUAGCAGGAGUGAAUAUUUGCAUGGUAGUUCAUCAGCCUAGCUAUGCACUAUUCAAGAUGUUUGAUGACUUGAUACUUCUUGCAAAAGGCGGUCACAUGGUGUAUCAUGGAUCAAUACGACAGGUAGAGGAUUACUUUGGAGGUCUAGGAAUCAAUGUCCCAGAACGCGUGAACCCUCCUGAUUACUAUAUCGAUAUUCUCGAGGGCUUGUUGGAGCCAAGCCAAAGCUCUAAUCUAAACUACAAAGAUCUUCCUCUUAAAUGGAUGCUACACAAUGGGUAUUCAGUACCGGAAGAUAUGCGAUCCAGAGCUGCUGAACUAGGAGGUCCUCAAAGAGGCGAAUCUAGUGGUUCGGGUGGUGAGCUCCAAUCGUUUACUGAAGAAUUAUGGCAGGACUUACGGAGCAAUGUUGAGAGACGGCGUGAUCAUCUACACCAUUAUAUCUUCAAGCAAAAGGAUUUGGCGAAUCGGAGAACCCCAGGCGUGAUUCGCCAAUACAAGUACUUCCUUGGCAGAAUAACCAAGCAGCGACUGAGAGAAGCCAAGAUACAGGCAACAGAUUAUCUUAUACUAUUACUGGCUGGAGCUUGCCUAGGGGCUAUUACUAAAAUCAGUGACACUGAUUUUGGAGCAGCUGGUUAUACAUAUACUAUCAUUGCUAUGUCUCUCUUAUGUCAAAUAGCUGCACUAAGAACCUUUUCUUUAGACAAGUUACAAUACUUGAGGGAGAGUGCUUCUGGCAUUAGCAGCUUGGCUCAUUUCCUCGCUAAAGAUACCGUGGAUCACUUCAAUACACUUAUCAAGCCUGCAAUGUACCUUUCGAUGUUUUACUUCUUAACGAAUCCAAGAUCGACCUUCUUAGACAAUUAUAUCGUUUUGGUUUGUCUUGUUUAUUGUGUGACGGGAAUUGGUUAUGCCUUUGCUAUCUUACUAAAUCCCGCUCCUGCACAACUCUUUUCAGUGCUUGUUCCUGUUUGUUUCACCCUGAUUUCGAGUCAGUCAAUAAAGAACCAUGGACUAAGAGGCAUAGCUAACCUAAGCUAUCCUAAGUGGACCUUGGAAGCCUUUGUGAUUGCAAAUGCAAAGAGGUAUUAUGGAGUAUGGCUCAUAAAUCGUUGCGGCGUUCUUGCUAAGUUGGGGUAUAAUCUCCAUGAUUGGAGAUUUAGCAUCUUGAUUCUUAUUGCUUACGGUUUUGUUAGCCGUGUGAUCGCUUUCAUCGGUCUUCUUAUCAUCCGAAAAAAGUGAUCCUUUUUUGUGGCCAAGUCUUCCUUUUGUCUUUGAAGAGAUUUUGCUCGAACUUAUAAAGAGCGCGUUUUUAACACUCAAAUGUACAUUGUAGAGUUGUAUAAUACAUUUUUGUACAUGUAAAAAGUGCAUUGUAGAACUAUUAACAUGUGUAUAGAAAUUAUAUUCAAUUUUUAUCAUAGUGGUUGUUGGAAUAAGAUAUUGUUGCACUUGUUUUUGAUGAUACUUGUGAUCAAAAUAUAAGGGUUUAGAUUUGAUACCUUUUUAUGGGGCAUGUAUAUGCAUAUCUACAAUGGAGGAGAAUGUUACCAUUGGAUGACAAAAUGUAUGGGGUUAUAUCUUGAAAUCAAUUUGUAUAGACAAAGUUAUUUAUAGAGUUAUAUGUUAAUUAUUUGCUAUAA